AUGCCCUUGGUCGCCAAACGAAUGAACUUGCUCGCAAAAGAUUGCAAUUCUACCGCGGAUGCGCCAAUUGUCGAUUUCAAUUAUUUGUUCUUUGAAGAACCCCAUGAAUAUGUGGGUGUGAGGCAAUAUGACCAGAAAAAUGUUGACCGGCUCAUACAUAUUUUUGAGAUUGAGGGCUGUUGUAACUUAGAGCCUGAACAUAGGAUUGCCGCUGUUGUUGACUCAUCUAAUUUCACAAAUGCCCUCUCGAUGACGGGAGCCACUGAAGAACAGCUGCUAGACCCCGCAUCCCAGAUCGCGCUGAAAUUCAACGAUAAUGCUCGACUUGUAUGUGUUUAUGGAAAGCAUCUGUUACGUGCGGCCGAGGCUGUCGGAGAAAGUUGCUGGUUGGUCGACAUAUACAAUGACGGUCAGUCCCCUUCUUCGGUGCAGUGGCAGAUACUCAACGUCGCAACCAGAUCUUCCAGAUUUGGCGCGGAGUCAGCUUCGCUAAAAAUCUUCUAA